ACGUUCCGCGGUGCAAAAAUAAGUGCGAUUAAAAUGCGUUAAUUUUUUUAACGCGUUAAUUUUUGUGUAAUUAAUUAAUCUUAAUUAACGCGUUAAAGUCCCGGCCCUAGUUUAAACAUUACUGUAGUUCAGGUUACAUAGCCUAUGGAUUCAACAUCUCUAUGACCUGUGUUUCACGUUCGUAACUUUUAGAAUUUAUUGUAAAAACACGAGUUUAUAAUAAUUAUAAAGUUGGAUAAAGAUUUAACUGUGGCUGUCAUGAGGCAGCCCGACUCUCCGCCUCCUCCACGGGUGUUUGUAGGCUGAAGCAGCACGGAUGCUGUUAUCUAUAAUAACUUUUUUAACUUUUCAUUGUAUUCUUUUUUGGGAAACAUUCUUUUGCGCGACAGCUCGUCAACAGUUGGAUAGAGAUGUAGUCUACUGAGGGGAAAAAAGCAUUUGAAGCUCACAUUUGUGAUGCAGCUGGUUCUACUAUACACUGCUGUGAAAUCCUGAUAGACACGGAUUAAUAGAGCCGAUUCUCCUCACCUCGCUGUGACUUCAUGACAAUAGAUCAUUUGUAUCUUCCUAAUGAUAAAUCCAUCCUGCCGUCAUUUAAGCUUCCUUUUGAGAGCAAACUCCUCUCAUGAAGGACACACAAACGAGAAACCACAUUGGACUUUGAGCAAAAAAUCGGCGACAAAAUGCCAAAAGAAUUUACGGAUGAAUUUGAGCCUCUGCUUAUUAAAGAUUUCAAUGGACAAAAACAACCAAAGCUCCCAAACAGAUCACUUGUGUUGGCUGCCUGUGCUGCCUGUAUAGGGGGAACCUUUCAGUUUGGAUAUAAUAUCUCUGUCAUCAAUGCACCCACAACGGAUGUGCAUAAUUUCAUCAACCAAACCUGGAUUGAGCGUUACCAGACUGGCAUACCAGAAAGUGUUCUCACCCUGCUUUGGUCCACUAUUGUGUCUAUAUUCACCAUAGGGGGGCUGUUAGGAGUGACAGUCGGUGGGACACUGUCUGUGAAGCAUGGAAGGAAAGGGACACUGUUAGUAAAUAAUGCAUUUGCAAUAAUCGCUGCUCUGCUGAUGGGUCUGAGUUACCCCACAGGAUAUUUUGAAUUACUCAUCAUCGGACGUUUUAUCACUGGAUUAAAUGCAGGCAUUGGUCUUUGUGUUCAACCUCUGUACCUGGGGGAAAUAGCUCCGACUGCAUUUCGUGGGGCCAUGGGAAUGGGAACCUCUAUUUCCAUCACUUUAGGGCUCUUCGCUGGACAAGUAGUUGGUCUCAAAGAGCUCCUGGGUAAAGAAGACAGCUGGCCCAUCCUGCUCGCCACCACAUGUGUCCCAGCCUUCUUGCAGCUCCUGAUCCUGCCCUGGUUCCCCGAGAGCCCGCGCUACCUGCUCAUCGACAGAGGAGAUAUUGAAGGAUGCAAGAAAGCCCUGAAGCAACUGCACGGUGUAUCUCGCUGUGAUGGCGAACUUGAUGAUAUCGAGAAGGAGAAGAGAGGUUUGGCAGAUUUCAAGGCCAAGACACCCUGGGAGCUCUUAUGUGAUCGUAGCAUCCGCUUGCAGGUUCUCACCGUGAUGCUGCUCAACGUGGCACAGCAGCUGAACGGCAUCAAUGCUAUUUAUUUCUAUGCAAAUUACUUGUUCACACAAUCUGGUAUCUCUGCUGAAAGAAUUCCAUAUGUGACCCUUGGCACUGGUGCCUGUGAACUCGUCACAGCUUUAACAUGUGGUAUCGUCAUUGAUCGCCUGGGAAGGAAAGUGCUCAUCAUGGGAGGAUACAUACUGAUGAGCAUCUGCUGCAUAUUAUUCACGCUGACGCUCUCUUAUCAGAGUGCCAGCCCCAUAGUUCCUUACUUGAGCAUAGCUAGUGUGUUUGCUUUUAUCCUCAGUUUUGGCUUAGGACCAGGUGGUGUGACUAACAUCUUGACCACUGAACUCUUCACUCAAGCAACACGCCCUGCAGCCUACAUUAUCGCAGGAUCCUUGAACUGGUUGAGCUUCUUCUUGAUCAGCAUGGUCUUCCCUUUUCUUGUGGUUUGGCUGGAGCAGUAUUGUUUCCUCGUCUUCAUGGCCGUCUGCACCUGUAUGGCCAUAUACAUUUUCUUUGUCCUUCCUGAAACCAAGAACAAAACCUUUAUUGAAAUCCAGAAUGAGUUCAAGUCCUCCAAAAAGGCCCGCACUGUCGAUGCAACAGGGAUGACACAGUUAUAACAUAUUACCCAUGAAUACAGCAAUUAAAGCAUUUUUGUCUUCCACUAUUUGUUUUCACAAACAUGAGUACCUUCCACAAGGCUUUAUAGUCCACACUCACAACAUAUUCAAUCAGAAAAUGUAACUUAAUAUAAAUGAUAAACAUAUAGCAUACAUAAAUCAUGGUGCUUUGCUUGAACUAAAGAGACGUGCCUGGAAGUCAUAACAACAUCACUUUGGUUCAAAUUGUAUUCGUCACAAUAUGUCAUAUUUUGGUAUGAUAAAUGAUCAAUUGGUGUGUAAAACCCUUAAAAAAGAGCAUUCCAUUGAUUUUUUU